GGCAGCCUCUUCCGUAGGGGGACGCCUGCCAGGUGGAGCACGGGCCGGCCCUGCUGGGCAGGAGGGCUCAGGGCCUGGCCGUGGCCCGGCCAAGAGGAUCAUGCCCAGCCCUUGCUGAACUCCGGCCACCAGCUCGGAGGCAUGUCGUCAGGCCAGCAGGCGUGGCAUACGGCCAUGCUGGCCCCCGGUUGGACCAGCCCUGCAGCCACGGUGCCCGGGUCCCCCAGCUCAGCCAGCAGCCCCAGGUCCCCCAGCACCCCGAGCUCAGAGAAGGCGGCCUCCCCACUGGAAUGCUCCAUCUGCUUCUCGGGCUACGACAACCUCUUCAAGACGCCGAAGGAGCUCUCCUGCACACACGUCUUCUGCCUGGAGUGCCUGGCACGGCUGGCGGCCGCCCAGCCAACCGGCCAGCCCGGCAGCGAGGCCGUGCCCUGCCCGUUCUGCCGGCAGCCUACGGCUGUGCCUGCCGCCGGGGCCCCCGCGCUGCGCACCAGCCGCCGGCUGCAGGCCAGGAUGCCGGUGCACCUGCGGCGGGAGGAGCCCGUGUGGCUGGAGGGCACGAAGCUGUGUUGCCGCCCACCGCCCGCCGCGCCGGGCCUUCCCGAGCCUGGCUUCGUGUGUGUGGACGUGGGCCUGAGCAAGCCUGCCCAGCCCGCCGCACCCAUGCCCACUCCAGACCCCGCGCGCCACCGGGGCCGCCUGGCCCGCUGCUGGGCCCGCUGCAGGAACUGGAGGCGGGUGGCGCUGGUCACAGCCCUGCUGCUGGUGCUCUCCUGUGUGGUGCUCUGGCCCGUGCAGUGCGCGCUCAAGACUGGGAACUUGCACUGCCUUCCUCAGCCCUCCACGGCCACGGCCACGGCCACGGCCACCGCUUUCUCUUCUGGGCCCCUGGCUGACAACUAGGGUCAGCCACCCCUGCCCCAGCUGCCCGCGUGGGUCCCUUGCCCCCCGCUGGGUCACAGGUGCAGCAGCUCUUGGGAGUUGGCCCCCUGGAGGAGCCCCAACAUCUCUGAGGACCCCAUUUCCCAUUCGACUCACCUUCCUUGCACUCUGUGGUGCUGGGUCCCGACAGCAUGAAUAAAAGGGUCCCCGAAGCCUCCAAGAAUCACAGGCUCCCACGGAUCCCAGAGCCCACCUUCCUCUUUCCCAGGGUGCAGAUGGACACCGGGGCCCAGGAGAGACGGCCUUGGUCAGGUCCCUCCCUCUACGCGGUGAACCGCCUGCAGUGGGAGCCCUGGGCUGAGAAGGGAGGGGACUCGCCAUCUUUAUUUUCACAUUUCACCCAUGGCCCCUUCUCCAGGCAGGGCUGGCCCCUUCCAUUGUGCGGGAAGCGGGGAGGGCGGGGGGCUGGCGACCAGGGGGACAGAGGGCAGCAACAAGAGGCCGGGUCCCCUGGUGCCCACCCCCCUCUCCUAAACUGUACAUUUUUAAAUAAAUUAUUUUGUAUCC